GGACCGGAGAAGGAAAUUGAUCAAAGACCAGUAGGAGGCAAGCAUGCAGACUCUUACAGGACCAGGGAGCCACGUGGGCGCUGGACUGAACUGUACAGUUAGUGGCAAAUGGCGCAAGAAUGAAGAUAUUAAAAUGUUGCUCUAAAUAUACUCUCCAGCAGAAAGUUUUCAUCCUGUUCUUAACCCUAUGGCUGUUGUCCCUGUUAAAGAUUCUAAAUGUGGCAAGACUCCUUUUUCCUCAAAGAGGCAUCUACUUGGUUGAGUACUCCUUAAGUACUUCACCUUUUGUCCGAAAUAGAUACCACCACAUUCAGGAUGAAGUUAGGUAUGAAGUUAACUGUUCAGGGGUCUAUGAACAAGACCCUUUGGAAAUUGGCAAGAGUCUGGAAAUAAGAAGACAUGACAUCAUUGACUUGGAGGAUGACGAUGUUGUGGCAAUGACGAGUGACUGUGGCAUUUAUCAGGCCCUGAGAGGGUACCAUCAGAAGCUUGUUUCAAGGGAAGAGAAGAACUUCCCAAUAGCCUAUUCACUGGUUGUCCACAAAGAUGCAAUAAUGGUUGAAAGGCUCAUCCACGCUAUAUACAGCCAGCACAAUGUUUACUGCAUCCAUUAUGACCGCAAGUCCCCUGAUACCUUCCAAGUUGCUAUGAACAACCUAGCAAAGUGCUUUUCUAAUAUCUUCAUCGCUUCCAAGUUAGAGACUGUGGAAUAUGCCCACAUUUCCAGACUCCAGGCUGACUUGAACUGCUUAUCUGACCUUCUCAAAUCUUCAGUUCAAUGGAGAUAUGUCAUCAACCUGUGUGGGCAGGAUUUUCCCCUGAAGUCAAAUUUUGAACUGGUGUCAGAGUUAAAGAAGCUCAAUGGAGCAAAUAUGUUAGAGACGGUAAGGCCCCCGAACAGUAAAAUAGAGAGAUUCACGUAUCACCAUGAGCUCAGACAGAUGCCUUAUGAGUAUGUCAAGCUGCCAGUCAAGACAAACGUCUCCAAGGAGGCGCCCCCUCAUGACAUUGAGGUCUUUGUGGGCAGUGCCUAUUUUGUUCUCAGUCAAGCAUUUGUGAAAUAUAUUUUCAACAACACCCUCAUUGAGGACUUUUUUGCCUGGUCUAAAGAUACGUACUCUCCUGAUGAGCACUUCUGGGCCACUUUAAUCCGGAUACCAGGAGUCCCUGGGGAGAUUUCCAGAUCAGCCCAGGAUGUAUCUGACCUGCAGAGUAAGACCCGCCUCGUCAAAUGGAAUUAUUAUGAAGGCUUCUUCUAUCCCAGCUGCACUGGUUCCCACCUCCGAAGUGUGUGCAUUUACGGAGCUGCAGAAUUAAGGUGGCUUAUAAAAGACGGGCACUGGUUUGCAAAUAAAUUUGAUUCUAAGGUGGACCCCAUCUUGAUUAAAUGCCUGGCUGAAAAGAUCGAAGAGCAACAGAGAGAGUGGAUCACUUUGUCUUCGGAAAAGUUAUUUAUGGAUAAAAAUCCCACCGUCACAGCAUCAUAGCAAGUCUUGACAGGGAUGAGAGCGUCUGACACAUGCACAUGGAGUUACAUGCGGUGCCCAAUACCAUCUGCACUUAACCCUCUCAGCAGCUGGAAGUUGAGAAGGAUUCGUGCACCCAGGAAAGCCGCGUAGACAUUGAGGAGCCUGUGGUGAACAAUGCUUGGUGCUGUCAUCACACGUUUCUUGAGCAUCUAACUAUGCACCAGGCACUUCUUAAAGCAAACAUGCAGAAAUCAAGUCCAAGUUGUAUUGCGUUGCACGGUGUCCUCAGGAAGCGAUGGUCUGCCUUCAUCGUGCGGCAACCCGGGUACCUUUGUGUUCGCCACGCAACAACGAGGUUUCUACUCACAAACCCUUUGGAGCACGUGGUAAUCAGACCACCCAGUUCUGAGCAGCGUGUCAGUGACCAGCACUUCGCCCCGUCUCUUCAAUCCAGCAGCCCUCGAUGUUUCCGAACCAUUAGAAUAUUAGGAGAGACUUCACUACCUCAGAGAAGCUCAAAGAAAUUUCCGAUUACCUGCUUGCCAAAGCAUAGUCUACCUUCGGUGCCUCAUGUGUUCAGUUCAGGGCUGAGGGCACACUACUGGUGCGGAUGGGUGAGAAAGAAGUCAGUGGGGGUGUGGGUAGGUGAGGAGGUAGUGCCUGGAGAGCGACAAAGGGGCUUAGUCAGCUGUGCAUGGGUUACACACUGGGGUCAUGAAUGGCUUCCUUUUAAUUCAACUGCUUAUUUAAAACACACUGAUAGUCUGGCAUAGUAGUGCACGCCUUUAAUCUCAGCACUCCAGAGGCAGAGGUAGGAGGAUCGCUGUGAGUUUGAGGCCAGCCUCAGACCACAGAGUGAGUUCCAGGUCAGUCUGGGCUACAGUGAGACCCUACCUCAUGAAACCAAAAUAAAUAAAUAAAUGAAAAUAAAAAUAAAAUAAAAAAAGAACACCCUGAUGAAAAUAAGAGCUGCUUAAUAAUUCAAAAUGGCAUACAUAUAUCAGCAUCUUAAGCCUAUGUCUUUGCAUAUUUCCAUUCAUACAUUAUUAUAGAAGAUAAUUUUUUAUUACAGUAGCACACUUCCUCUGGAAUGAAGACAAUUUUGUUUUACGUAACUAUCAAAUAUGUAAAUUUUCUUGGUAAGAUUGUAUGAAAGAUGACAGUUUAGUUGUUAUGGUCAUUCAAACAUUUUUGUUUUCUGGCAAGUAACAAAAUAGGAUCCAAGUUUAAAAUAAGGAAAGUCCAAGUUCACUGUAGUCUUUUCUCUUAACAACUCCAAGGAGAAAAAGCUAAUUUUCCUAAGGCUAUAACGAGAAUAUUUGUUAUUAGUAUUUUACAAAAGCUCACACCUAAGAGUAUUUUUACACAAAGAGAGACAGACAGACAGACACACAAACAGGCAGACAGACAGACACUGUGGGGCCUUGAGAACAGGCUGAAACAUUGGCCCCAGUCCCUAGGGAAGUUUGGAACACAUUCAAAAAUCCUUAUGCUUCGAUGUCAGUCUCAAUAACUACUUAAAUGCAUAGUAUUCAAGGCCAAAAUAAGACCAUUUGAAAAUCUAAAGUAUUUAUUUAUUAAAAUCUCUGUGCUCUACAUUUGAAACACACUUUGCUUAUUUAAGUUUAUAACACUAAAUGCCAAGUGACACCACUUAUCCCUUCAUUUCUUUUUAUCUUUAACUCAUCUUCUCCCUUUUUAAAAAAAUCUCCUUCAAAUUAGUUCAUGCUUCAGAGACAACUAAUCCCAAGCCCCAGUUCUUAAAGAUAAGUUUUAAAGAGCUAAGUUCCACAGAGGACCUGCCCACUGCGCUGGUGUGGACGCCUGGAGAAGCUCAGCUGUUCUCCAUGAGCCCUGGGUCUCUGUGUACUGAACAUGUCAUUGUGUAAAUCAACUGACACAGCGUAUGAAGAGGUUUAUAAAUGGGAACAUAUUUCAGAAUAUCAGCCAGGAGUAAUAAUGUAAGGCAAACAUAGAUCCCAGCCCCACUAUUGAUCAUUAACCUUUUCGAAAUAACAAAAGGUCACACCAUUGCAGGACAACCUGUCACUAAGUCCAGACCUCAGAAAGGCCCUGUCUCCACGUGUGGACUUUCUUGUACAGCCAAAUAGCAUUUGCAAGUUGGUUGACUGGCUUAGAUGGGAAAUGGGGUAGGGUUAGCAAUACUUUUCCUACCAUCCAGGAUCAAACACACAUGGUUCUAUUAGUACCUGGUUUUUACGCCUUUGGGCAUCAAAAUAGAUUAAGUGGUGGGCUGGAGAGAUGGUUUAGCAGUUAAGGCAUGUGUCUGCACAGCCAAAGGACUCAGGUUUGAAUCCCCAGGACCUACAUAAGCCACAUGUAUAAGGUGGCACAUGAAUCUGGAGUUCACUUGCAGCAGCUAGAGGCCCUGGAGUGCCCAUUCUCUCAAUAUAUAUCUGCCCCUCCCUCAAAUAAAUAAAUAAAUUUAGAUUGGGUGUUGACAAAUAGCAACCUCCUUGUUCAUUGCGUUACCUCCUGGAGAGAAAUGAUUCUAUCUGAUUUUUUGGGUAGCGUCCCAAGUUGCUUACCACUUUCACAUUAUAUAGAUGGAAUGUGGAUGGACAGAGACAUAGUAGUGCCUUCUUCCUCCCCCCCCCCCAUUUCUCUAGAAUCAGAAGUAUCAGCUCCUCGGUCUUCAGGGCACUUACCCUGGGAAUCCUACAGUUUUCCUGUAUGUCUUCAGACCUGAUUCUUCCCAAAGCCCUUUCGGUAUGAUUCCCUCCUUGGUCUGAGGAUGUUCUGCAGUCUGUUUCUAAGUGUUCUUUGUAUAGUAUUUAUUGAAUCUAGACUUUUGGAUUACAUGUUGGCAUUAGACGAGCAAUGAAAGAGCUACCAAAAUAUAUCUAUAUGAUGUGAACCUUCUACUGUAUUGUAACAAUCACAUGUGUUUAAAGGUCAGUGUUGCUGCUAUUUUUAUUUUUGCUUAUUUUAAAUGAAAACAUAUAUUUAAAUUUGAAGAUUUCUCUUGCCUUCCAGAAUGUGAAGAUAUACCUAUUUAUAUAUUUUUGACAUGAUUCAUGGAAAAUAUAAACAACAACCCAUUUGAGGAAUGUGAAAUGAAUGUAUAAUUAUGGAUGUUAAGACUAUUUCUGGUUGUUGAUAGUGAUGUGAGAGAUUUUUUUCAAAUGUUUUUGUCAACCAGUCAAAUUUCUUUUUGUGGUAUUGUUGUGGUUUACCAUUUCAGUAAUAAGUUUCCCAUUAUAUGAGUUUUAAACAGGUUGGUGAUUCAUUUAUUAAUUAUGCUGCUAGUAUGUGAGUUCCCUGAUAUUGUAAAAUAAAGUGUGCUCCAACAAAACAAA